AUGAAAAGCAUACCCAAAGUUCGAACAACAACGGCCGUAGGUGACAAGAAGCACCAGGGGCGAUCCUCAAAUAUCUCGAGGCGGCUAGAGACGACAUGGUACAUUGAAGCAUUCUGUCUAACAUGUAGCGCUGUCUGCGCAGUCCUCAUCGUCGCCCUUCUCGCUGCCCAUAACCACCACCGCACUGACAGUUGGCAUUACUACAUCUCUAUCAACACAGUUGCUUCGGCGCUCGGAACUGUCUUCAAGUCAACCCUCCUCAUGGCAGUUUCUGCUGCUCUUGCUCAGGGAAAGUGGACAUGGUUUCGAAAGAGAUCCGGCACCCUGAGCACAUUCGAAUCCAUCAACGCUGGGAGCCACGACACAGUUGAAAGUUUCAGACUCCUAUGGCGCAUGAAGGGACAACAUCUGGUUUCUGCAGGAGCACUUGUCGUAGCUCUCGGGUUCAUAGUUGAGCCUUUCCUCCAAGCAGUCAUCUCCGACUACGGACGACUCGUCGACAUUGACCCAUCCAAUACCGGCGGCCCUAGCGCUACUAUCAGCAGCUCGAGACGGUUCGACGGUGGUACCCAAUGCAUCUCCACUUACAAGACCAGAUAUCCUAAGAUUGACACCACGCCUGAUUUUGCCAUUAGUGCUUCACUUUAUGACGGACUGAACGCAGCAGGAAGCCAUGGGUACCAGAACGUGUCCUUCACUUGUAUAUUUGGUAACUGCACGUGGCCUGAAUAUGUAUCGAUAGCUGUACGGAGUACUUGCUUUGAUAUCUCUAAUCACUUGAAGAGGACAGAUCCAGAAAACACAGGCCAAACAAAGACAACUACACCUGGAAAACCAUCUCGAGCGACGAUGUGGACGGAUUGGACGCUGGAACAUCUCGACUUAACUUUGACAAAUACGAACGAACAAUGGCGCAACGCAAACACUUUUGCUGUCCUCCAAGCAGCAGUAGUGGCCGAUGCAAAUCUCACAAUCAACUUCAAGGACUCACAGACACUGCUGGCUGCGUUUACGAUCAUUCGGGCCGACGAUGGCCACACUCCAGGUAGUGUAGACUGGGAUGCUGCAGCUGCGUCCGCCACGGAGUGUGGACUCGAGUUAGUCCUCAACGUCUACAACUCUUCUGUCGUCAACAACACUCUAUUCGAGCAAGUAGUGGCAAGUGUUUCGAAGAAAUUACCCGAAUCGUGGCUACCUUCGUCAAGUGUAAAUCAGACGAUGUACCAUCCCUAUGGACUUAAAGCUGAUCCUGGUACCAAUGAUUCGAAUCCAAUCCAUCAUGACACAUUCUUACUUCGCGACGAUUACGCUUUGGAUCCUGCUGGAUUAAAAAGAGGCGAUGUAGGCAGUUUCAAUAUCACGCAAAAGACUCUGCUUAGUACAGUCGACUUUUUGACGUCGUUGAUCAAACAAGACAACGAUAAUGCAACAGUCAAAGCCGUCCAGGACAAUCAGACUACACUCUAUACCUACGGUAGCCCAAUUCUCCAACCACUUUUCGACCAGACAAACACAACUGCGACAUUCGAUGCCGUAGCGAAAAGCAUGAGCAACGCGAUACGCAACCUGGGUACAGAACCUGUUUCGGGCACAGCAAAGCAAUGGGUCAGAUUCUAUCAAGUCAGAUGGGCUUUCUUGACUCUACCUUUGUCUUUGAUCACAAGUAAGUCAUAA